CGUUCAUGUGAUCAGCUGUGUCCAAUCACAGCUGAUUACAUAGCACUGAUGAUCAGCGUGCCCUGAUGCCCAUCAGUGCCACAUAUCAGUGCCUACCAGUGCACAUCAAUGCCACAUAUCAGUGCCCAUCUGAGCUGCCUUUCAGUGUCACCCAUCAGUGCCAGUCAGUGCAACCUAUCAAUGCCAAUCAAUGCCACCUAUCAGUGCUGCCAAUCAGUGCCACCUAUCAGUGCCAGUCAGUGCCGCCUAACAGUGCUAGUCAGUGCCGCCUAUCAGUGCCAGUCAGUGCUGCCUAUCAGUGCCAUAUAUCAGUGCUGCCUUUCAGUGCCCAUCAGUGAUGCCGGUAUAUGCCCAUCAAUGCCACCUACCAGUGCCUCCAGAUCAGUG